UAUAAAUAAUAACGAUCUUCUAAGUCAAAAUGAACUAGAAAAGUGGAUUGCAGCUAAAAUAAAAGAGCAUUUUCUGAAAGCAGUAAAAGAUAAUUUUUGGAUAUUUUCAACUCUUGAUAAAGAUAGAAAUGGAAGAGUUAGUUGGGAUGAAUAUCAUGUGAAUUUUAUGAUGGAGCAAGGUUUUGAUGAAAAAUUUGCAAAAAAUCAUCCUAAAGAUCAUAAAAAAUUAAAUAGAAAAGUUUUAGAAAAAAUAUUAUUGGACAAAGCUGCUUGGUCCGAAGCGGCAAACUCCGAUCCAGAUGCAUUAAAUAUAGAUGAAUUUUUAACAUUCCGCCAUCCUGAACAUAGCCACGUUUCUCUGUUGAACAUGGUGAACGAUAUCAUUAACAACCUUGAUUCUGACGGAGAUGAAUUGCUGACUGAAGAAGAGUUUAUGUCAAUGCCAAUGGAAGAAACGAGUAAAAUGUCAGAGAAAGAAUGGAAAAGACAGAGACUUAAAGAAUUUCGAGAAGUUAUUGAUAUUAACCAUGAUGGCAAAGUCAAUAGACAGGAAUUAUUGAUGUACAACGAUCCUGAAAAUCCUGUUCUUGCAAAAAGAGAAGCUCGGGAAUUAAUAGCUUUAGCCGAUCUGGAUAAGGAUGGAAAGUUAUCUAUCGAGGAAAUACUAUCAAAGAAAGAUGUGUUUAUGGGAAGCAAAAUGAUUGAUACAGCAAAAAGUUUUCACGAUGAAUUCUAAAUUUAACUGUGAUAGCUUACUGGUGCUUUUAGAAAUUACUUUUCUUUAACAUUCCCAAAACAAACUCAUGUUAAAAAAUAUUUUUCA